CCAAGUACUAUGGCUGGCCCCGCGGGUCUUAUGGCCGAUGUGAGCUGGGAGGUCUUGGAGCGGAGAGCCCGGGUCAAGCGCUCAGUUUAACCUGUGAUGCUUAUGAUUAGACUCAACAAUUUGAAAUGGCCAAGUCACCUGAUGCAGCCGUCUCCCCUCUGCCUGCUUUCUUAAGGUCUGGCUCGGUUUAUGAACCUCUGAAAAGCAUUAAUCUUCCAAGAACUAAUAAUGAAACUCUGUGGGAUAAGUUGGAUCAUUAUUACAGAAUUGUCAAGUCAACAUUGUUGCUCUAUCAAAGUCCAACCACAGGGCUCUUUCCAACUAAAACAUGUGGUGAUGAUCAAAAGGCCAAGAUUCAGGACAGUCUGUACUGCGCUGCUGGAGCCUGGGCUUUGGCUCUAGCAUACAGGCGCAUUGAUGAUAACAGGGGAAGAACCCAUGAGCUGGAGCAUUCUGCUAUAAAGUGUAUGAGAGGAAUUCUCUACUGCUAUAUGCGUCAGGCUGAUAAGGUCCAGCAGUUUAAGCAGGAUCCACGCCCAACCACAUGUCUUCACUCUAUUUUCAAUGUGCAUACAGGAGAUGAGUUGCUCUCCUAUGAAGAAUAUGGACAUCUUCAGAUAAAUGCUGUGUCCCUCUUUCUUCUCUAUCUUGUGGAAAUGAUUUCCUCAGGACUCCAGAUUAUCUAUAACACCGAUGAGGUCUCUUUUAUUCAAAACCUUGUAUUUUGUGUAGAAAGAGUUUACCGUGUGCCUGACUUUGGUGUCUGGGAAAGAGGAAGCAAAUACAAUAAUGGCAGCACAGAGCUACAUUCCAGCUCUGUUGGUUUAGCAAAAGCAGCUCUAGAAGCAAUUAAUGGAUUUAACCUUUUUGGCAACCAGGGCUGUUCGUGGUCAGUUAUAUUUGUAGAUCUUGAUGCUCACAAUCGCAACAGGCAAACUUUGUGCUCACUGUUACCCAGAGAAUCAAGAUCUCAUAACACAGAUGCUGCCCUGCUUCCUUGCAUCAGUUAUCCUGCAUUUGCUCUGGAUGAUGAAGUUCUCUUCAGACAGACACUUGAUAAAGUGGUUAGAAAAUUAAAAGGAAAAUAUGGGUUUAAGCGUUUCCUGAGAGAUGGAUAUAGAACAUCAUUGGAAGAUCCCAACCGACGCUACUACAAACCAGCUGAAAUUAAGCUAUUUGAUGACAUCGAAUGUGAAUUUCCUAUAUUUUUCCUUUACAUGAUGAUUGAUGGAGUUUUUAGAGGCAAUCCCAAACAAGUAAAGGAAUAUCAGGAUCUUUUGACUCCAGUGCUUCAUCAGACCAUAGAUGGAUAUCCUGUCGUACCAAAGUACUAUUAUGUGCCUGCUGACUUUGUAGAAUAUGAGAAAAGAGAUCCUGGUAGUCAAAAACGAUUUCCUAGCAACUGUGGUCGUGAUGGAAAACUGUUUCUCUGGGGACAGGCUCUUUAUAUCAUUGCACAACUCCUGGCCUAGGAUUGAUACAAUCAGAAGAGUGCUGUUAUAUAAAGCCACUGCAUAAAACUGACAAGGUUGAUGAGUUAGGAAUACACAAUUGACUACAUUCUCCAUUGGCAAGUUGAGCUUUUAAAAUAAGGAAGAAGGAAUGAAGGAUGGAAAGAAGAAAGGA